AUGGCAUUCUCAGUAACCUCAAAGCAUUGGUUUUUGGCUACAGUUUUGGUGUGCAUCUUUGUUUUAUUGUGGGAAUCUGGGAACGCAUAUGAAGAUCUGACGGGGAAAACAUACGAAGAUCAUCCUCAUUUAGGUGCUGCUGACGCAAUUGCAAAUGAAUACGUGCCUGAAGCAGAAGAUGAAGGAGAAGGAGAAAAGGAAGGAGGAGGAGGAGGAGGAGGAGGAGAAGGAGAAGGAGAAGGGGAAGGAGAAGGAUAUUUUCCUGAAGGCGGGACAAUAAACACCAAUCCGGCUAACAUUGUCGACAAAGCCCUCGAAUGUUUCCAUGAUAAAUAUAUUUACAGUCACUGCGAUGAAGCUUACAGAUUAAGCCAAAGUGGAGAAAUCAAUGUUCCACCCGAAUACACGGAGCAUUAUUGCAAAGGACCUUGCCUAACUGAGACGUACCACGUGCUAGACUGCAUAGAGGGCAUCGUGAAACACUAUGUAUUCUACAACAAGGCUACGCUAAGUGCAGUAAAGAAAACUAUUAAAACAGGAUGUAGCUAUGGUCCUAAACGAGGUGACUUCAAUGUGGCUGAGCACCUUGAAGCUGAAGAAGAUAGUGCGCAUACAGCCUCUAAACCUGUCAUAUACGGACUUCUGCUGAUGUUUAUGGCGUGGCGCGCAUUGUUUUAA